UCACAGUUUUCUUUCAGUGUAGUGUACCUUUUGGUAUAUAGAUGAAGUGCUGAUGGCAUUGUACUAUGGAAUUGGAAUUUUAUAAAUAAUUUAGCAUUUUUAAAAGAACCAGUUUUAUUUAAGUGAAAGGACAAAUAAAUCAAAGGCAUUAAUGGAGUCAAGAGAUUUCUCUCGUGCAAUGCCAGUGUGCAGUUUUCAAGAAAUGUUUUAUAUGAAACAAAAAGAUGAAAAUAAUAUAUUUAUAAAAGAAUUUAAGGAGCUGACAGAUGUUGGGAAUGAUCAGUCAAAGGAGGCAGCAGAGACACCAGCUAAUGCAAUGAAGAAUAGAUAUGCACACAUCUUACCGUAUGAUCACACCCAAGUCAAGUUAAGCCUAAUUGAUGGGAAUCUUGAUUCUGGAUACAUCAACGCAAAUUACAUUCCGGGUUUCGGUGACGGUAAAGAGUAUAUAGCAACACAGGCCCCCUUGCCUGCAACAUUUGUUGAUUUCUGGCGCAUGAUCUGGGAGCAGCGAGUAAGAAUUAUAGUGAUGCUAACUGUGUGUGAAGAACAAGGGAAGGUCCUGUGUGAUCAGUACUGGCCUGCAGACACUGUUUCAUAUGGGCUCAUUGCUGUGCACAAAGUUUCUGAGCUACACAGUAAAGACUGGACCAUAAGACACUUCACAAUACAAAAAAUAAAUAACGCAGAUACCUCAGCUAGAUCUAUUUAUCAACUGCAUUACACAACUUGGCCUGAUCGAGGUGUCCCUAUAAACCCAGUUUCACUGGUUACAUUUGUGGAAUUUGUACGAGAGCAUGUGCAAGCUGUGAAGGAUUCUGGACCCACAGUGCUGCACUGCAGUGCUGGUGUUGGACGCACAGGGACGUUCAUUGCUCUAGAUGUGGCCCUACAGCAGUUAAAUGCUGGACAAUGCAUAGAUAUCUUUCAAACAGUGCAUAAAAUGCGUCUUAGCCGGUACCUUAUGCUGCAGACUGAGGAACAAUAUAUAUUUGUGCAUUACUGUAUCCUUGAAAAAAUAGUACAGAAGGUAGAACCUCACACAGCUGUACAAUGACAUUCCCUCAGAUGUAUAAAAAAUGGAUUGUUAAUCCACUGUGACUAAGAAGAAUACAAAAGUUAAAUGAAGCAAAAUAAUGUCAUACUCAGAUGCCGAAUUUGUAUGAUACAUAAAACAAAGAGCAAAUACAAGGCUCCAACUAAAAGCUGGAGUACAGACAUUGCUGUGAUAUUUUAAUGUUCCAUUCAUCUCACCUUUGGAGGCAAUUUCAGAAUGUCCAGACAGAUUCUACCUGCAGAAUCAAUGUUGGGAUGAUAGAUAGGAGUAAGGAAUCUAAUCUUUGGUGGUUCAAAUGGAUAUCUAUAAAAUAAAACAAAAUUAAUUAUA